AUGUCGAAAAUUACAGUCGCCGGAGUGCGCGUGAACGUGCAACAACUUCUCGACUACUCCCUGAACGAGAAGAAGCGAAACUUCCUCGAGACCGUCGAACUCCAGAUCGGGCUCAAGAACUAUGAUCCCCAGCGUGACAAGCGUUUCUCGGGGACCAUCAAGUUGCCCACCAUCCCCAGACCAAACAUGACAAUCUGCGUCUUGGGCGACCAACACGACAUUGACCGAGCGAAACACUUGGGCGUUGACGCCAUGUCGUCCGAUGACCUGAAGAAGCUCAACAAGAACAAGAAGUUGAUCAAGAAGCUGGCGCGCAAAUACGACGCCUUCCUGGCCUCGGACUCGCUGAUCAAGCAGAUUCCUCGUCUCUUGGGUCCCGGUCUGUCCAAGGCCGGCAAAUUCCCCACCCCCAUCUCGCACGCCGAAGACCUCCAGGCCAAGAUCGUCGAGGUCAAGUCGACCAUCAAGUUCCAGCUGAAGAAGGUCCUGUGCAUGGGCGUCGCCGUCGGCAACGUUGGCAUGACCGAGGACGAACUCAUCAGCAACAUCAUGUUGGCCAUCAACUACCUGGUCAGUUUGUUGAAGAAGGGCUGGCAAAACGUUGGGAGCUUGACCAUCAAGGCUAGCAUGAGCCCGCCCAAGAGAUUGUACUAG